GUGCUCCUGCUCUACGGCGAGGACGAUCCUUGGAUAGUGCCGUUCUGGGCGAGGCGAGCGGCUGAUCGAGUCAGCGCUGGCGUGGGCGAGUAUUACGCCAUCUCGCCGGCUGGCCACUGCCCUCACCACGAGGCCCCCGCUGCCUUCAACACCGUCCUGCUGAACUGGUUGCAGAGAAUCGAUAGCAACGGCAGCGCGGACAAUCCAGGGCCACCUGCCCCCGCAGUGGGCAGCCGGCUUUCGGUGCGGGAG